AUGGCACAGAUGGUGAUGCAGCAGGAGCUGGUGACGGGCGCGCCAACCCUCCGAAGUGGGAGCAGAGAGGAGAGCCUGUCACGCUCCGAGAGCCCCGCGAGCCUCGUGCGGGGGAGCCCCUCGUUGAGCUGCAGCCCCGUGCUCGACGCCGAGCGCGGAGAUCCCAGCGUGCGCAGUGCGCGGGGAGGCGGCCGUGUCCCGCAGUUCCUACUGGACGGCGACAUCGAGGCGAUCGGGCCGGUAGAGUCGCGCGAGGGCGACAGCGAGUGGAGUCCCCGAAAGUCGCAGAGCAGCAGAGGACGAGAGUCUGUGCGGGGAGAGGCCAGCCCUGAAGGCCGCUCCCAGCCGCGUUCGUCGGGCGGCUCCCGCUCCCGCUCCCGAGCAUCGCGAGGAGACUCCAUGGCCUCGGGCCCCGAUUCGCUGUCGCCCCACAAAAGCCGGGAGUCGCAGGCGCUGCUCCAGCAAUCUUACCAGGAGUUGCUACAGAAGCGCCUGGAUAGCGUCAGCCCCGAGGAUCGCGAGUACCAGGCCAAGUUGCUGGAGAAGGCCUACAAGGAGAUGCGGAAGAGCCUCAGCGAGUCUGCGGACCCUUACUUCUUGAACGAGGAUGAGGACGAGGAUCUUGACCUCAUUGACGUGGUGGCACGCACGCCCAGCGCCAGGCGCCUCGGGGGCUCCCGGUCCAUCAGCUCCGGGGAGGGCAGCCGCGAGGUCGAGGAAUCCUCGGGCUCGGAAUCUGUGCGGCAUGCGCGCUCCGACUCGGAGGCUCUGCUGGAAACCAUGGGAAAGUCUCCAAGGAAAGGCAGCAGGAAAUCAACACAGCGCUUGGUGAAGUCGAGAUCCUGGGCUCAGUCAGAACCUUCGCCGCGCUCCCCGCGGCGCCUGAAAAGCUUGCGGGAGCUGGACAUGCGCUCGCCUAAGGCCAUCUGCCUGGAGCUGCCCGAGCGCCCGGUGCGCCUCAGGUCCGGGCGCCGCGCGGGGCGGCGGCGCCUGGAGCCGCUACUGCUGCCUUGGCAGCCCCAGGAUCCCAAGGAGCUUCAUCUUGGCACCCUGGGCACGGCAUAUGGCCACGACCGCAGGGCUUCGAGACGGCGCUCGACCUCGCCAGCCCCCUUGCAGUCAGAAAAGGAGCUCCGGCUGAAGCGUGACGCGCUGGUGAACCAGGUGCCGGGGUCCCGCGCAGGCACCCCCCCGCCAGAGGAUGCCGAGCGGAAAGCCAUGGAAGAGGUGAUGUUGACUCGGCCGCAGUCUGCCGAGCGGCCCUUGUCCGCAGAGUCCGUGCGCGCUGCGGGGACCUUCAUCGGCCUGUCCGUGAAGUCCAGAGACCUCCGCCUGCGAUCCGCCAGUCACAGCUCCAUCGGGGGGUCCAGUGCUGAGCGCAUGCUCCCCGACGAGGAGCCUUCGCCCAGGGGCAUGCGUCGCUACCACACCCGGGAGGAUGUACGCCUCAGCCUGGGCAGUGUGGAG